GAGAGAAACCCUGUCAAGUGAUUGCGCUCUCCAUGGAGAUCCGAGGACCAAUGAGAGGGGCAGAAGCUGUUUAUAGGGGCGGAGCGUCUCCAUAGCAUCCAGAGAAGCCUUUCGGAGCAGCUACUUAUUGACAGUCAUUCUGUUGCUUACAAAUCACAGCGGCUCCGGAAUAAAAGGGCUCUGGCAGCGAGGGGCGUAAUAAUUCAUCCAACGGGAGAGCAGUAGAAAUCUACCCUAUUUCCCUACCCGGCCCCCACCGCCACACACUUCACCCCACUGAAUAUUCGGCGCUUAGUAGUAAACACUUGGCGGUAGUGGGAUUCCUUCGUAGGAACAGGAUUGUCACCCCCCUGCCCUUCCCCCUUCUUCCCCCUUCCUGCUCUCCCACAAUUCCUGAAUGUUGGACUUGCCUAUUUUGGCUUCCCCUGACAUGACUGACAGCUGGCUGAACGUGCAGUCUGAAGAAGAGAAAGGCCAGGAAAGCAGCAUGGCGGAUUCGGGCAACCUGGACGACAGCUUGACCAGCCUACAGUGGCUUCAAGAAUUCUCCAUCAUCAACGCCAAUAUGGGCAAGGCAAGCUCUUCCCCUUGCAGCACAGAUCCUCACGGCUAUCACAAGAUCCCUGGCUCUGCUGCACCGUGUUCCCCUCUAGCUGGUGACCCGGCUUGCAUGGGGAUGCCCCAUACCCCUGGCAAGCCAAUCUCCUCUUCCACAUCCAGGACUGCACACCUGCAAGGCCAGCCAUUGGAAGACAUAGAUUACAAGACUAAUCCCCACGUGAAGCCUCCUUACUCCUAUGCCACGCUUAUCUGCAUGGCGAUGGAAGCGAGCAAGAAAACUAAAAUCACCCUCUCAGACAUCUAUAAAUGGAUUACAGAUAAUUUCUGCUAUUUCCGCCAUGCAGACCCCACAUGGCAGAACUCCAUUAGACACAACCUGUCCUUGAAUAAGUGCUUCAUCAAAGUGCCACGAGAGAAGGACGAACCAGGGAAAGGUGGAUUCUGGAAGAUCGACCCCCAGUAUGCAGACAGGCUGAUGAACGGAGCAUUCAAGAAGCGUAGGAUGCCCCCCGUACAAAUCCACCCAGCUUUCACCGGAAGACUCCAGCAGGAUGCUGGCUCCAGUUCAUUGUCUCACCAGGCGGCGGCAUCUUGGAAAAACAACAGCAUCCUGAAAAUCAACAUGGAGUCUCAGCAGCUGCUCAAAGAGUUUGAAGAAGCCACUGGCGACCAGAACUGGAACCCAGCAGAUGGGAAAAUGAGCCAUAAACGCAAGCAGCCACUCCCCAAGCGGAUGUGCAAGACAGCCCGUCUCUCCAGCUCCCCUCUGCUUACUCAGGAAGAGCAGACAGAGCUUGGGUCUCUGAAAGGUGACUUUGACUGGGAAGCUAUCUUCGACACCACCUUAAAUGGUGACUUCUCCACCUUCGAGGAUCUGGAGAUCACUCCUCCUAUUAGCCCAAUAACCAGGGAUGUAGACUUGACUGUGCAUGGAAGACAUAUUGACUGCCCACAGGAGUGGUGUCCUGCCGGGCAGGAUUACAUCCUAACCGAAUCCAACCAGAACAGCUUGGACUUUGACGAGACCUUCAUUGCCACUUCAUUCCUCCAGCAUCCUUGGGAUGAAGGGAGAAACGAUUACCUCUCGAGUUCUGUCAACAUAGAUCCGCUCUUUGAACUCAACGACCCUUCAUUGCAGACGGAAAUGAAUGACUGGAGUAAUGCUGGGUGUCUUUAAUGAGUGACAAAAGCCCUGGCUGGAAGGCUCAAGAUCAUCCCAGAUUGACCUGCUGUAUGAACAAGAUUGGCCCAGUGCUGUGGGACUUUACACUAACAGUAGAAUCCUCUAGCAAACAAGACAUAUUCAUUCUUGGGACCACAUGGAUCACAGAGGUGUUGGGGGUGGGGAGGGAAAGAGCUGGAUAAUUUGGCAGGAUGUAUCUGAAAGCAACACACGGGGAACUCUGUACCCCAAAAGACAACAAAAUAAUAAUAAUACAGUACUAAUUUUUGUGUUCUUUUAAAGAAAUAUGGAAUUUUUCUACUUUGGGGGUGGAGGGAAUUGAAAAGGGCAUAUCUUCCUUGCAGGUGAGGGCAUGACAUUUGAAUACUGUAUAAUGGAAUAGGAUGGAAGAGCUGGCCUUUUCUGGUUACUAAGAACAUGUUAGAUCUGUGAUUUCUGUAAUUUCCUCUUCCUUCUUUUAUCCAUUUGCUUCUCCCUCCAUCCCUCUCUUUCAUGUGAGUGUGUUUGCAUUGUUUCUACCCAGGGAAAAUUUCUUAUAGGUAAAACAUGGGACAAUUAAGUAGCAGGCAAAUACAAUUCCCAUCUAUAUUCUAGGAAUUUCAGCCACCAGUCUAUCUAGGACUAGGUUAGAUGUUGACAUCUGUGUGUUCAGAAAUGAAUCAACAAGGCAAGAUCUUUCAGGCUUAUAAAAUAGAGAGCCUACUAUAUAUCUAUAUAUCUAUUACAAAACCUAUAUUUUUAGCUACAGGGCACAAUCAGUAGAGUAUUUACAGUGGGGGUGGGGAAUGAGGAUUGUUUGUAAUAAUGUUAAUUAAGAUUGAAGUGUAUCAAGCAUUUGUUAUACAGAGGGGAAAUGUAAUAAAAUAUGCAAGUGGGAAUUCCUGCCAGUAGAGGAUUUUUAAAGAUCCACAAAUGGGGACCUGGCAUUCUCUAGAUGGUCCUUUUUACUUA